AUGAAUGACGAUCAAUCACCAAGCGAUGUAGUUUUGGUAGAAGAAAACGAGGGCGCAGAAGCACCAGGUGGACCGAUUAUAGAACUUUUCAAGAGUCUUAUCACUAAUGACUAUAAACAAAACACUGUUUUGUCUAAUGCCCAAAUAGUAGAUAUUUUGCAGAUGGAAUUUAACAUAGACAUCCAAAAACACCAUGUCUUGGAAGUAGAGAUAUAUGUAAAUGUCGUAAAAAAAUACUUGAAAGACUGGCCUGAAUGGGAUGAAUUUGAACAAUCCAUAAUUAAUUUUAAAUCUGCAAAUAACAGUGAAGCAAUAACAAGCAUUUUAGAAGAAAAAUAUAUUAACCUAAAAAAAUAUUUGGGUAGCAUGUUAGACAUAGCAAAAUAUUUAUCACCAAAUGUAGUUAAGGAUAUUCCUACAACGGGACAAAUGUAUAAAUUAGAUAGUGUAAAUAAGGAAAAUGUUGUGAUGGAAAUAGAGGCAACAAGGAGGCAACUAAAUCACCUAAUAUUAAGACAUCCAAUUGGUAAUAAUUCAAUUUUCAAUGUGAAUGAACCAUUUCCCAAAUAUUUUGCCUAUUCAUUGCCACUCCACUCUAUUCUUAGUUGGAGUGGAAUAGAGAUUGAACUAAGGUUAAAGUGGGCUAAGAGCGGUGUAAUAAAUCUCAAAUAUGAGAACUGCCAUAAGCUGCAACAUGCACUUGUUAAUAAAAUGUUAAACCUUGACUCUUACCAAAAAACAUCAUUGAAUCAGCAGUGGGAAGUAAAAUCUAAGUGUAAAAAUUUAACAAUGAUAUCUAAAGAUGCUAUCUUGAAUUUAUUUGAACAGUGUAUAUCAAACAAUAGAUACCUGAAAUGGACACCUAUUUUGGUAAGCAUGCAUAAGAUUUUGAAUAACAUUACAAAAAAUAUGCCAACUAGUAUUGGUGUUCCUGGAAUUUACAGAAAAUAUUUAAGCAAAUACAGUUAUGUCAGGUUCUUGUAUGAGAAUGUGACAGAAGAAAAUGAAGUGACAGAUGCUGAAAAUAAAAAGUAUGAUUUGCGGUUACAGGAAGUUUUAAGCCCAAUGUGUCAAUUACAUAUUGGACGCAGUAAAAUCCAUGAAGAGUUGAUUAGAAUACACUGCUACUUCUGCCAGGUGACAUUUAUAGGAAAAGAUAUUGCAUGGGAAAUUAUGAAUCAUUUUAAGAGUCAUAUUGUUGAACCGGACUGGCAGUGUACAAAUUGUAAUAAAACUAUUACCAUGUCCGAUUUGACAUUGGAAAACUGGAAUCACACAUGUGAGCCUUCUUUGUAUCAUCAGUUGUUGUCAAUGAAGCAAUAA